AUGAGGUCCUUCCUGGUCCUUGUCCUCGUAGGAGGAAUAGUCUGCAGCUUCCAUGGUGUGCUUUCUGGGGAGCUCUCUGGCUUUGGUACCCUUUUCUCCAUUAGUGAGAACAGGCCUGGAGACAGCGUGCGGGCCUUGAAAUUAUUCAUUGGACCAUUGGGCGUGUUAAAAGGCAUACAGGUAAAAUUGGAGGAUGGAUGGAGUUCCAAAUAUGGAGUCCCAGGGGGCAAGGCGCAGACUAUUACGCUGUACGACGGGGAAGGCAUAACAAGACUGUCAGGCCAGGGUGGGCUCUGCGUCCGUUCCGUGGUGUUGGAAACCAGCACUGGGAGAGUUCUUAAAUAUGGGACACCUACCGGCAGCAAUUUUGAUGAUUCCCCCCCUUACGAAGGCAUGGAACUCAGUGGCAUCGAGGGUUUAUAUGGGGCUCUAUGUAUCAAACAACUGCAAGGCAAGUGGUCGUACAGCACUGAAAUAUUUGCCACAACUGAAAUACCUGCCACAGCUGAACAAGCUGAAGUAACACCUUAG